AUGGUGUACAAACUCUUCACUUAUUACCUCUUCCACAAGGAUAUUACCUAUUUAGUCCUAAGUUCCAUAGUGGUGGUUUAUCCCUGGAGAAAUUAUUAGGAACUGGAGAAAGGAUUAGGAACAGUCAGAUUUCUCUACCAGCUACUGCUGCUGUCAUUCAUCAGUGGACUGUGACACAUGCUGCUCGAGUCAAUGCUGUUCUCCCCGUCCCAUAGGAGCUCAGUGAAUGGGCUCAUCCCAUUGGCUCUGUCUGUACUGGGGAGGGUGAUCAUCAGAUCUGCUAUGCAGAAGGCAUAUCUUAUGGGUAUUAAUGUGCCGACUGCAUCACUGCCCUGGAUUAUUCUGAUUAUUGUGACCCUCUUCUUCCCAAACACUUUCUUUCUUUGUGAUGUCCUUGCCAUUAUCACUGGAACAAUAUAUGGAAAAUGAUGGUGUGUAUUGUUAGAGAUGUCAGAACCUAGAGCUUCCGUUCUAGAGAAGUUCCCCUUUUGAUUGCUUAAGCAGAUACCUGAAGUACAGUUCAUUUCAGCCUCAACAGAAGAGCGUAAAAAGCCCCUUGGCCUCAUAGAUAUUCCCCCAGGAUCGUACCCUGUCCAGGCCUACGCCCCAGUAAAUGCCCCCACUGGUCAACCUACUGGGAGAAACCCCAACACAUUUAAUGGUUGGCCCAACUCAAUUUAUCCCCAGCAAAACUACACAUUUCCAUCUUCUUACACUGGAAGCUCUGGAAUUGCCAUUGGACACAGUCACAGACAUGGGCAUAGCCAUGGACAUCAUUAUGGGCACAGUCAUCAACAGUUUCCUGUCCAUCACACUGGCAGCCCAUCGAUGCCAAUGUCUCCUUAUCCUCAGACUCAUUUAAGGCCUCCAGUUAGCAGGACUGGGCAGCCUGUCAGUAAACUACCUCAGCCAGGAGUUCCAUUCACCCCUGAAAACCCACAGUCGAAGAUUGGUGUACCUGCCUUUCCCCCAAAUCCAUCUGGAAACACUUAAGUCAUUAUCAGCCAUGAGAUUUAAUGCCUUGUGCCUGCAAUUGUAUUGCUUGUAUGUUUAUCAGAUACCUCAUGUCUUGUUCCCAUGC